UGACAGCGCCGCGCUCGCAGGUCCCUGCCCGCAGCUCCAGCCGCUCCUGCCAGCGUUCUCCCAGGUCCGGCCCCCUCCUCCGCCUCGCAUUUGGGAUUAACUCGCCUAUGGAGAGAUGGUCUUAGCUGAAUUAUUGAAAGACACUUGAGCACAGAUUUUCCCCCGGUAGUCAGACUGAUUUCUCCAUGGAGCCCCGGAUUCCUCACAACAUCACCGUCGUCCCCAACUCUGUGAUGGUGCAGCCCUUGCUGGACAGUCGGAUCCCGUACGGGCGGCUGCAGCACCCGCUGACCAUCCUGCCCAUCGACCAGAUGAAGACCACCCACAUCGAGAACGACUACACCGACAACCCCAGCGCCUCCCAGCCGCCAGCCCAGAAGCGCCCCCGCGCCCCCCAGGAGCUGGGCUUGGGCAGCCAGCACCCGCAGCGCUGCGAGCAGGAUGUCACCCACCCCUGGAUCUCCUUCAGCGGGCGCCCCAGCUCCAUCAGCAGCAGCAGCAGCACAUCCUCAGACCAAAGGCUGCUGGACCACAUGGCCCCGGUGCCCGUGGCAGAGCAAUCGUCCCCCCGCGCCGUUCGCAUCCAGCCCAAGGCCAUCAACUGCAAACCCCUGGAGCUGAAGGGCCCCGCGCCCCAGGAGCUGGACAAGCACUUCCUGCUGUGCGAGGCCUGUGGCAAAUGCAAGUGCAAGGAGUGCGCCCUGCCCCGGACUCUGCCGUCGUGCUGGGUGUGCAACCAGGAGUGUCUGUGCUCGGCGCAGAACCUGGUCAACUACUCCACCUGCAUGUGCCUGGUCAAGGGCGUCUUCUACCACUGCACCAACGAGGACGACGAGGGCACCUGUGCCGACCACCCCUGCUCCUGCUCCCACUCCAACUGCUGCGCCCGCUGGUCCUUCAUGAGCGCCCUGUCCCUGGUGCUGCCCUGCCUGCUCUGCUACCUGCCCGCCACCGGCUGCGUCAAGCUGUCCCAGAGAUGCUACGACCAAGUGAGCCGGCCCGGAUGCAGAUGCAAAAACACAAACAGUGUCAUUUGCAAGGCAUUGCCCGAGAGCAAAGGGGCAGAAAAGCCCUUUUAAAACGGUCUGGGAGGACGGAGUUGGGAGGAUGCUCCGCGGAGCAGGGUGGUGGUGGCUCUUUUUAAUAACCUGUGUUCUGAGGAGAGCGUUAGCCUCUUGCCUUCGGAGAAAGCAGAAGCAACUAUUUCCACAAACUGAAGCACUUUGGGUUAUUCAGGGUUUUUGGAACUGGUCGCAGUUUGAGUAGAUGGGGCCAAAGGAGGAAUGUUAAUAAUGCAGAGUGAAGGCUGCAAAGCCGUGUACAUCAUGAAGUACAGCUGCUGGAAAACUCCCGGCUUGGACGGACGGCUGCUCACCAGGCCUGCACACCACAGGAACCAUUAACUGCUCGCUUGGCAGGCACCGCCUCACAACCAAUCCCCAUCCCCAGCUGCAAAAAGCUGCUUUGAAUUCGGAUUCAGGGCGGGCUACUUGUUUCCUGUCUCCUUCCAAACCCCAGCUCGCUCCCCGCAGCCUGUUGAAGGUGAUGGGGGAACUCUCUCCACCCUCCUUCCCUCCUAGACACCACUCCAAGGGCUGGUUGCACACAGAGUACGUGUUUCCCAAAAGCUUUCUGCGUCCCUCAGAGAUUUUUGGAGCAGAAGUGAAGCUACAUUUCAUUUGCUGAAGGCUCUUUUGCCCUUUGGGCGUUUCCCACCCGGCCCCACUGGUUUGGAACCCCUUUCUAAAGCAAGAUGGUAGCAGGGCCGCUCCUCCCAGGAGGAAUUGCAGCAGGAUGUGUUCGGGCAGUUGUGUCAACAGCGGGUUCUCCUGCCUGUAAGCUGAUCCGUGGCAUCAGGUUUCACUCCGUGGAAUAUGAAUUUUCCAUCAGCAGGACAGCCCCGCUGCGGGAGGAUGGAGGCCGAUCCCGUUUCCCCCAGGCCCUCGCUCACUCCACGAGCAGAGGGGACGCAACUCAAGGGUGGGGUUUGUUUCUCUAAACCUCCGGUAAGAAGUCACACAGCCCCAAGUGUACGAUGCACAUAGAUGUAUUUUUCUAGGGAUCUCAAUCCAGUACCUCCUCCCCUCCUGGAACAAGCUCCUCUUUGCUCAUUAAAUAUUAAGAUUUGUUUUUGUCUUGGGGGUGAAUGGCAUUUGCUUGAAGUACAGCACAUUCCCCCACCCCUAUUGCUGCUGUUUGACUUUUGCCUCUUCUGUACAAAAGUGUCUUUUUAAGUGUAAAGAAUGCUUUUAGUGUUUAUUUUAGUGUUAACACACACUAGGGAAAGCCAGGGGAAGGAGGAGAGCAUAGUUGACGAGUGGGCCCGUGGUUUUCAGCACACAAAUAUUGGCUCUGUCCUUGCACUCAUCCUGGGGCUGGUUCUGCUUUCCCCAGGAUGUUGUAACCCCUCUCUCUUGACAACUACAAGGUGCUAAACAAGAACCUUGGUCCAAACAUGCAACACUCUAAUGACUAGGUAGGUACUUGUUGCAUGCAGAAAACUGACCUAGUGUCUCUUGGUGUUUUUAAUGAGAGGAGAUUUCCUCAGUAAAUGCACAGCAGUGACAGUGAAAUGUCAUCUCUAAUUAGAUAAGCAAUAGGCAGAGCUCAUGUAGCAUUUCCAGGAAUGCCGUUGGCCUGGCUGCGACACAGCCGCGGGUCGGGGCUGGCAGGAACAUCCUGAUGGGACUCUGGUGUCUUUGAGUUUCAGAACUCAGCUCAGCUGGAUGACUUGGGGUUUAGCUCAGUUGAAUUGUAGAUAUUUAUUGAAUGGGGGAGUUAAAAAAAAAACCAACAAACUUUUCUAUUUAUAACAUUUGCUAGCAUGUACAUGCUGAAUCACAGAAAAAAGGAUGUACUGUCUGUUACCAGAUACCAGCUCCUCUAGGGUAGCCUCGUGUGUGGGCACCAGGAAGCAGGUGGGGAUCCAGAGCUGUAUUUAUUAUCCUGCACAAAUCUGAGGGGAAAAGAUAAAAGGAAAACCGACCCCAAACUGGUGGAACUGUUGGUUGAAUGUAUAAGAUGUAUUUAAUAAGAGAAAUCAUUUUCCUAAGAUACAGGCAAGCUAGAAAAGGCAGCAGGAGAGGAUUUCCUUGCUGCCCUCCUCUGUUGGGA